AUGGCUUCAAACACACUUGCUGAUGGUGGAGAUGAUGCACCCAAUUACCAAUUACGUGGUGUUGAACAAGUUUCUCCAAACUCGGGAACAAAGAGAUAUAUUCCAGAUUCACCCUCUUCGUUGACGCCGGCAGAGGGCAUGUUAUUUGACACAGUUGAUGUUGCGUAUAACUUUUACAAAGCUUAUGCAGAAGCUGGAGGUUGGACUGAGGGUCAAAAAGAGUUUCGACCGGUCGAUACUUUAGCCGAACAACCGUCUGAUAGGUGGGUACGUAGGGUACCAUCCAAAAGGACCGGAUGCCAAGCUGCGAUCAGAAUAAAGCUUACUGAUGCCAAGAAGUAUUUGCUGUAUCAUUUCACAGAGGCGCACAACCAUGAUUUUGUGCACGAAGAAGAUUUACAUCUUCUCAAGGAAAACCUGGGUAUUAAUCGUGCGCACGAAGAGAUGAUAAACAAGAUGUCAAAUCUCAACAUUGGUCCUGCUCGUGCAUUUAACAUUAUGAAGGAAGUGUAUGGUGGGUUCGACAAAGUCGGUGCGACCAAAGUCGAUUUCAAAAACUUCAAGAAAGAAUUAAAUCUGUUUAUCGGAGAGUUUGAUGCUGAAAUGUUUGUCAAGCGACUAAUGAGGAAAAAGGAGUUUUUACCGAACUUCUCUUGCGAAUAUGAAACGACAGACGAAGGUGUGUUGAAGUAUAACAUGAUGUUUGUCCCUUUCACUGGGAUUGAUAAUCACAAUAGGAACGUCACACUUGGUGCUGCAAUUCUCGGUUCUGAAACGGCAGAGAGGUAUAGCUGGUUACUUAAGGCGAUCAAGAACGCAUAUGGGUACGCGCCUCCCGUAAUCGUUACUAACCAAGACCCUGCGAUGAAAAGGGCUAUAGCGGAUGUUUGGCCUGAGUCAAGGCAUCGAUUAUGUAUGUGGCACAUCAUGGAUAAACUCACUACAAAGGUCGGUGCUGCCCUGUGUGCAAAUACAUAUUUCAGGAAAAGAUUGUCUGCAGUUGUUUGGACUGAUUCUCUAUUGCCUGAAGCGUUUGAGACUGAAUGGGCAGAUAUUUUAAAUGAUUUCGGUUUAACCGACCAUGAAUGGCUCACGUAUAUAUACGGGCUACGUGAAUCAUGGAUUCCAGCUUACUAUCGCGACGAAGAAAUGUCUGCUAUUGAAGCGCAAAGACUCGAGCAUCGAAAAAACGUUCAUGACACUAGAUACACCAACCCUGAAGAGUGGAGUGAUUUUGUUCUCGAGAAGCAAGCAAUUCAGAUAUAUACCAGAACUAUAUUUUUUGAUGUUCAACUCGAGAUUCAACAUGCUAUUCAUCGUUGUACUAGUGUCAGAUUAGAUCACGUCGGUGAUUUCAUUAAGUUUUUUAUAAAGGAUCUCGAUCAGCCAUGUUCUCCGUUCUUCGAGGUUAUGAUACGCGAAGAGGAUGUUACUGUUAAGUGGUUUGAGCAGUUUGGAUUGUUGUGCAGACACAUUUUUUGUGUGUUACGGAUUCUUGGUGUAAGGGAGUUUCCGAAACAAUAUAUAUUGAGGCAUUGGACGCGUGAAGCUGUUCCAAAUAGUUCCCCUGGGUCAAUUCUUACGGAUGGUGGAGAUCCAGAUCGUAGUGAGGAGGUUAACCGUUGUGUUCAUGAGAUUAGUCACGCAACUGAAGUAACGUGUUGGAAAUACACCGUGGCUGUGCCUGAGGCAGGUGCUUCGCAGAAUGCUGAAGGUAAUGAUGCUACAAUUGCUGAAGGAGACGCUGAUACAGUUGUUGAAGGUAAUGGUCCUGGAUCAAACGAUGCUGAUGAUGUGUUUUACACAUCUGGGAAUGAUGCAGAUAUGGAUGAUGAAGACAUGGCAGAGUAG